GCCGGAUGUUUAUUGUCAAAGUGAGUGACAGUCGCGGCAGUACAUAAAAACAGUGUUUUUUAGUGAUAAACACCAGGAAAGGAGCGCACAUGCACAAUCUUGGGGCUUAGGCAAAUUGCCCAUAAAUAUCCAGAGGAGACAAGACUGCUAAAUCUGCUGAGCACUGAGAAAAUCUGACAAAAGUAGCACAAUCUGGCCAUUUAGCCUAUAUUCAGGGAUGUUAUGUAAUAUUGCCAAUUAAUUAACAUAAUUAUUACGUGGACGUGAUUAUCUGCUUAUCGACGCAUCAAUUCAGCGCCCCAGUAUCUCAAAUACCCGGACGAGUGACUUGCGAUAAGGUGUCUGAUAAGGGAAAUCAGCGUAAUUGAGUUUUGAUUGUGUGAAGCCAAAGGAAACACCCAGGAAACAUGUCCAAGUCACUCGCCAGGAAGUUAUUCGACAAUCUGAGGAGCAAGGAGUUCCGGGAGUAUCUUAUGAGCACACACUUCUGGGGUCCUGUAGCUAAUUGGGGAAUACCACUGGCCGCCCUGGCCGAUAUCCGAAAGGAUCCCAUCAUCAUUAGUGGCAAAAUGACAACUGCCCUCUGUCUAUACUCAACCAUCUUCAUGAGGUUUGCUUGGAUGGUGCAGCCCAGGAAUAUGCUGCUGUUCGCGUGUCACAUGACCAACUUCACUGCCCAAAGCGUCCAAGGCGGUCGUUUCAUCCACUAUCACUACAUGGGCGGCAAUAAGAAUGCUCCUGAGACGCCACAGGCUGCGCCAGAACCUGCCCAGACGAAGCCAGAAGCUCCUGCGAAGCAGUGAGUCAUAUGGUGGAUUGCUUAAGAAAUCUGUGGUGCUACAAGUGAGAAAGCCAAACAUAUCAGUCAGCACUAAUUGACCGAAGACAAAUCCCACAACAUCUCUUGUAGAUUUCAGAAACGCAGCAGGAAAAAUAUAUAGACGGGAUGUUUUGUGUUCAGUAUCCAGAGACUUCCUACACACAGUAGAGAAUAGAUCCUGUUGAGGCAUAAAGGAAAUCACAAAUAAAGAGUGUUGUAAAUCGA